GCUACUGCCGCUGUAGUGAGGCUUUCUUUACACUCGCUGGCAGGCUGGGUGCCGGCUCCCGCGCCUGCCCGCCCGGGAAAGUGGGUUACGGAGGGAAGAAGCUCCGCGCCGACGCUGGCCAAGGCGCAUCCAGCCCGAGAGACCAGAGACCACCUUCCUUUUUGCCGCCUUCUCUCCAUCUUUUCUGGAGGGUUUUAUAUUUGUACUCUCACCUUUAAAAUUGUGUUGCUUUGACUUUUUCCCACCGCAGCUCGGGUUUUAUGAGGGCUUUGUGAAGUCUUAGAGGGAGAAGAGACUGAGCGAGGGAGAGAGAGGCAAAGUGGAAAGGACCGCAGAUUGGCAGAGCGCGUCCCGCCUCUGCCGUGGAUGAAAGCCCUCGGUUGCUAAAGCCCGCUCGGCGAGCAGCGCGCACACACACACCCUCCAGAGUAGCCCCGACCCCGCACCUCGGCGUGGCCACCAUGGUCGCCAGAGUUCAGCCUGAUCGGAAACAGUUGCCUCUGGUCCUACUGAGAUUGCUCUGCCUUCUUCCCACAGGACUGCCCGUCCGCAGCGUGGAUUUUAACCGAGGCACCGACAACAUCACCGUGAGGCAGGGGGACACGGCCAUCCUCAGGUGCGUUGUAGAAGAUAAGAACUCGAAAGUGGCCUGGUUGAACCGUUCUGGCAUCAUUUUUGCUGGGCAUGACAAGUGGUCUCUGGACCCCCGGGUUGAGCUGGAGAAACGCCAUUCUCUGGAGUACAGCCUGCGAAUCCAGAAGGUGGAUGUCUACGAUGAGGGAUCUUACACUUGCUCGGUGCAGACACAGCAUGAGCCGAAGACCUCCCAAGUUUACUUGAUCGUACAAGUUCCACCAAAGAUCUCCAACAUCUCUUCGGAUGUCACUGUGAAUGAGGGCAGCAACGUCACCCUGGUCUGCAUGGCCAAUGGCCGUCCUGAACCUGUGAUCACCUGGAGACACCUUACACCAACUGGAAGAGAAUUUGAAGGAGAAGAAGAAUAUCUGGAGAUCCUCGGCAUCACCAGGGAGCAGUCAGGCAAAUACGAGUGCAAAGCUGCCAAUGAGGUCUCCUCGGCGGAUGUCAAACAAGUCAAGGUCACUGUGAACUAUCCUCCCACUAUCACGGAAUCCAAGAGCAAUGAAGCCACCACCGGCCGAAAAGCUUCCCUCAAAUGCGAGGCCUCCGCAGUGCCUGCGCCUGACUUUGAGUGGUACCGAGAUGACACCAGGAUAAAUAGUGCCAAUGGCCUUGAGAUUAAGAGCACGGAGGGCCAGUCUUCCCUGACAGUGACCAAUGUCACUGAGGAGCACUAUGGCAACUAUACAUGCGUGGCUGCCAACAAUCUGGGGAUGACCAACGCCAGCCUCGUCCUUUUCAAGCGUGUUUCACCCACAAUCCCCCACCCCCUUCAAGAGAGUAACUUGGGAGAUGUGUUCUUGUACCUGGAGUUCCUGAACACAGACUGGCACUACCAUGCUUACUUGUUAAGUCUAUUUGCUGAAGCAAAAUUGACGUGUGGAGAGAAGUCUUCAGGAGAGGCAUAAAAAUGGACCUGGGUCGGUGAGAGGAAUAAAUGGAUCCAUCAGUCUGGCCGUACCACUGUGGCUGCUGGCAGCAUCUCUGCUCUGCCUUCUCAGCAAAUGUUAAUAGAAUAAAAGUUUAAAAAUAAUUAAAAAAAAACACACAAAAAUGCGUUACACAGGAUACAGAGCGAGAGAGAGAGCGAAAUGGGGGGAGACUGUUUCUUUCACAUCUUUGUGUGUUUAUAAAUGAAGGGGAAAAUAAGAAAAUGAAGAAGAAAAUACAACAUUUAAAACAAUUUUAACGUCCAUCAAUAAAAAUUGAAGUAUAAUUCCAGGUGGGAAAAGUUCCACCAAGAAAUGUGUAUAUCUAAGCAAAUGUAGACUGUGUAAAGACUCCAUCAUGUAAGGAGAUUUGAUGUUAUGAAAAAAUGACAAGUGAAGAAGUACCAGAUGGGUAUUAACCCCCCACCACAUGCACACACACACACACACACACACACACACACACUUUAUCCUUCCUUCAUCCUUUUUCAUCUGCGGGGAAAGAAAAAAAUACGGUCUUGCCUCGGUGUUUAUACUCCCAACAUCAUUUUAUUCUGUUUUUUACUUUGAGCUGACGCAUAGCCAUUCAGACUAUCAAUGGAAUCCAUGCUGGAGUCCUACCCUGACCAUUUAUCUGGCUUUCCUGCCUCCACCCUCCCUCCAACUUUUAAGACCAUCUCCGUGUUCGAUCUCCCCCGCAUCCGUGCGGGAUAUCUGCUCUUCAUCCUCACCUUGGUCGCCUCCCUUCACUCCCACCCCCUAACCCCCACCUCCCAGCACUCGUCAUGCCGCAGAUGCUAGAAAGUGCCAUUUAAAAUCUCUCCACUGUGCGCGCGUGCUGUCUCUCUCUCUCUCUCUCUCUCAACGUGGAUGUACGUGUGUGGGCGUGUGAGCCUCUCUCUAAAGCAUGCCGAGGGAAUGGGCCAAGUGUACAUAGACUCAUUGUGCUGUAGAUACUGUCCCUCAUUGUAAUCUUGAGAUGCGGCUGUGACGAGGUGCUGGGGGCCAUGGGAGGGGAAGGAGGCAAGGAGCAGAGCCGCUCCCUCAUCCAUGGCUGUCGCUGGACCUCAGCGUGUAUUUCAGACCAAGCUGUACCCCACCUAUGGGCAGAACCUCAUCUUUCUCCCAGUCCAGUCAUCAGAACCCAGUCCAGAGUCACUCAGAUUAUCACUGUCAAUGAAAGUGCCUACUAUUGAUGGGGUGAGCAAACAGUAGAGAGAAUCAGUGAUGCGGAUGAGGUGACCUAGGACAGAAGUUUCUGAUUUCACUCUUGUUUCACGAGUGAGUCUGAAGGAUUCAUGUGUUUCCCAGCUUUGUGCAGACUUGGUUCUGCUCUGCCGCAGGAGUAAGGAGGUAUGGAGCAAAUCCCCAGCAGUGGGAAGCUCUCCGAGGGUUAAGUCCUAGUGAGAGGAUGCUGAGCCACGCGGAGAUCCUUAGCAGCCCUGUUUUGCCCCCUCUCCAAUCUUCAGUUAACACUGCAUUUGCUCCCAUGGAUUUCCCUGAGCAGAGAUUUUUCCAUAUUUCAGGUAAAAUACAGUGAGCUGUGAGCAAGGCAAGAGAGGUACAGAGACCCAGGUCCCUACUCAUGUGGUAGAAAUACUGUGACAGCCCCAAUACAAAGCCUUGGCCAUAACAAAGGGGACAUCUAUUACUUGUGCUCCUUUGCAACUCUGUCCUGGUGUUCUAGGCUAAGACUUGAUUUGAUUGCUCACGUCAUCUCCCUUCUCAUCCACGGACGGUGUUUGUAGCACUGCUGUUGAUAAUACUCCAUCCUUAUCCUACAACAGGCCACUAGUAACAGCACUGUAUUCCAUCUUUCCUACUUACUCUUGGCUUCUAGUCUCCUGAAAAAGAUACAGUGGGAGAUAUGAUGUUUAAGUUUACAUAUACAAGAGACAUUGUUAACACUGAAAUAUGAGUUAGUUCUCCACCAGAGGAGCUGAGAAACUUGUAAUCAUUUAGGCAAAAACUAUAUAUGUGCCACAAAACUUGACAUCACCUCCACACCAGAAGGAUUUUCUUAGGAAAAGCCUUACAGAGAGAGCUCCCCGUGUGUAGAUAUCUUUGUCAGGAAACCAGCCGUUGCUUUUACUUAGACUAAUAGGCAUUGGAAAUGGCUCAUUAGUGAGAAGACAUAGGAUUGUUAUUGAGGUCAUAAUGGAAUGUAUUGCAGCAGAGCCAAAUAUGGUACCUCACCAAGUCUUAGAACUUGUAAAAUGGCUGCUAUAUGAUGUAAAACAGGAAGCUUCAUAACUGCAAAUCAGAAAAGGAAGGAAGGGAAGAAAGAAGGAAGGGAGGAAGAACUAGAAAGAAAGGGAGUGAGGAAGAGAAAUAGGAAGAAAGGAAAGGAGUACAGAAGGAGAGUGAGGAGAAGGAAGGAAAAUAAUAAACCAAAUUUAUCUUGAUAGAUUUUAUUAAUUGAAGGCUCUGCAAUGGGUCUUGUCUUUAAAGGUAAUGAUCUCCUGAUGAGUUGUACUUGUAAUCUCUUCUAGGGGAUUCUAUUGUUUUAAAAGCCUAUCACCAGACUUCUUUUAUGAUUUUGCAGUUUAGACAUGAAACAGAAGGACAAAUUGGACUUGGGAGUGGGUAAAAGUAUUUGUGGCAGAUCCUGGCAUAGGACCAAAAUUCUUAUCCAAGAUGGUAGCUACUUAAACAUAGGGAAGGUGAGCCUUCUUCCUAGGCAGCGUCAAUUUAUUGACAAUCAGGGAUUUCUCUAACAAUUUAGUCUUCUUAGUACAGGAAUAAAAGCUUAUCAUCAUUGAUGAUCAAUAUUUCCCAUAUAUUGAAGAGUCAACCACAUCCUUAAGUGGAAGCUUUAGUGGAGUGCAUGCUAAUUUAAAGAUACAUAAGAAAAGAAAAGUAAUAGGAGUUAAUUCAGUUUAGUAUCAAUUUCAGAAACAGAUCCCCAUGGCAUGUCACAGAUUUUUCAUCACACACCUAGAUUUCUUACUGCCUCUACCCUAUCCUAAGGACAAGGUCUUGGCUUUAUGGAAGGAGAUUUUCCUUCCAGGAAAGGAAUGUCUUUGCCUGUCAGCACCAUUUGUUCCCUGAGUUUUAUUAAAAUGGUCCGUAUAUUAAACGUAAUUAAACAUGUAUUGCAUAUUGUGCAUAUUGUGGUGUUUGCAUAUAUCUCUGGUAGGAUCUGGGAAUUUUGUCCUGUCUCCCAUUUCAGAGUCAUCAUUGACUCCAGAAAUUUCAUAGGUUUGAGGAUGAUUUUAAGCAAUGUGAAAAAUGGAAGAGAACAUAGUUUGGAAAAGGGUCAGGUAAAAGGUAGAAGCCAGAGUACUGACAUCGAGAUAAUAAGUUUAAACAUGGGACUUCUUGGAAUUUAGUUCAUCACAAUGCGAUAACUCUCUUCAAGACGUUUGUCCAUUGGUAAUCAAAGCAUGAAACCCUGCAAUGAAAAGAAUCAACUGGCUGGAAACAAUAUACUGAGAGGAGUGAAAUACAUCAAUUAAUCUGAAUGGCUAACACAUUUAAUGUCCUUUGUAUGCAAACUGAAACUCCACUCUUCAUAAAAUAAAAUCCUCAGACCUGAAUUACAGUUAACCAAAGCAGAAAUGACCUUGAUGAAGGGUACUUCCUGAAGAAUGAAAACUAUCCUAGGUUUUACAACUGCAGAAUUCUUUCCUCUGUGCAGUUGUUCAUCAGAAGGUUUUGCCCUGUUGGAGGAACAGCCUUCUAGUUUGGACACAAAACAUCCCUCUGCCCUGAAAGAACCAAGGCUUAGGGAGAGGUCCUUGCUUUUUCUGUUGGGAAGAAUUGUCCCACUGACCUUUGCCUUCUCUUCCAAGUCAGACAUCACCCUUGCCCUGGGCCUUUUUUUUUUUUUUUCUA